AUGGAGGGUGCCUUCACCCAUGUAGGCAAUCACCUCAUUUCCGACUCAGCUGCGGCCAUCAACGCUGGAAAUGACGGCCUGUCUACGCUCGACGCCGACGAGCGCCUCCUCUAUGGCAAGCAUGGCGACCACGGCGGCCGUCGACGCGACGACGACGAUGACAACCAGACCGAGGCCUUUGACGACGACAACGACAACGAUAGUCUGGGCAGUAUUCCAGUUGACGAAAUGGUCGGGUUGAAUCUCAAUAACGCCGAGGAGGAGAAGGAGCUCCCCGCAUACGCAUGCGCGUACUGCGGUAUUCACGCUCCAGCUUCCGUCGUCAACGCCCGCGGCAAUAGCACCUCUUCCCACAUCAUCAACCAUCUUGUCCGAGCGCGCCACAAGGAAGUUCAGCUUCACCCCGAGUCCGCCCUCGGCGAUACUAUUCUCGAAUGUUAUAGCUGUGGCACCAAAAACUCCUUUUUGCUUGGAUUCAUUCCUGCAAAGUCUGACUCCGUAGUUGUGUUGCUGUGCCGCCAGCCUUGCGCGGCGUCGGCCUCAAACAAGGAUAUGAACUGGGAUCCCUCUCGCUGGGAGCCAUUGAUCAAAGAGCGCGCAUUCCUCGACUGGCUCGUCAGCGCCCCCUCCGAAGCUGAGCAGCUGCGUGCGCGCCACAUGUCUCCCAACACAAUUGCGCGUCUUGAGGAGAUGUGGAAGCUAGAGCCCAACGCCACCAUUUCCGAUCUCGACAAGAGCCAGACCGUUGACGACGACCCCGACCCAGUGCAGUUGAAAUACGAUGAUGCGUUCCACUACCAAAACAUUUUUGGGCCGCUUGUAAAGAUGGAGUCCGAUUAUGACAAAAAGCUCAAGGAGGCACAGUCCGAGGAUAAUCUGACCGUCGAAUGGUCGCAAGGUCUGAACAACAAGCACCUUGCCACCUUCAAUCUGCGCAAGAUUGAGUCCGGAGAAGUCAAGCUUGCGGUCGGCGAUGAAAUGCUACUUCGUUACAACGGUGGACUCAGAGAAUCUUGGCAAGGCGUGGGCUACGUCAUGAAGAUUCCCAACAGUCAGUCAGACGAGGUUUGUCUGGAGCUGCGCAAGACUGGAAAUGACAGAUCCGUUCCUACGGACCUGUCCACUAACUUCUCAGCCGACUACGUCUGGAAGGCCACUUCUUACGACCGCAUGCAACUGGCCAUGAAGACCUUUGCCGUCGACGACAUGAGCGUCUCUGGCUUCAUCUUCCACACACUACUUGGUCACGAUGUUCAGCUGCAGCCCAUGAAGUCCAACCUGCCUAAGAAGUGGUCUGCACCAGGUCUGCCGGAUUUGAACCAAAGCCAGGUCGACGCGAUCCGUUCGGUUCUCCAGAAGCCACUCAGUCUUAUUCAGGGUCCUCCUGGUACUGGUAAGACGGUGACAUCUGCCACCAUCAUCUAUCACUUGUCCAAGAUGAGCGGGAAUCAGGUUCUCGUUUGCGCGCCUUCCAACGUUGCCGUUGACCAGCUUUGCGAGCGCAUUCACCGCACUGGCCUCAAGGUCGUUCGACUCACGGCCAAGUCUCGCGAAGAUGUCGAGUCUUCCGUCAGCUUCCUUGCGCUUCACGAGCAGGUGCGAAUGUCGGAGCACAACACUGACUUUGCCAAGUUGUCGCAGCUCAAGAGCGAGACUGGUGAAUUGUCCAGCCAAGAUGAGAAGAAGUUCAGGCAGUUGACCAAGGCGGCCGAGCGAGAGAUUCUUAACAACGCUGACGUCGUUUGCUGCACCUGUGUUGGCGCCGGCGACCCUCGUCUGUCCAAGCUCAAGUUCCGUAGUGUCCUGAUUGACGAGUCGACGCAGUCUGCAGAACCUGAAUGCAUCAUUCCCCUUAUGUUGGGCUGCAAACAAGUCGUUCUUGUCGGCGACCACAAACAGCUUGGCCCCGUCAUCAUGAACAAGAAAGCCGCCAAGGCCGGCCUCAGCCAGUCUUUGUUUGAGCGUCUCAUGCAGCUUCGCCUCCAGCCCAUUCUCCUCAACACUCAGUACCGCAUGCAUCCUUGCCUGUCGGAGUUCCCGUCCAACAUGUUUUACGACGGCAGUCUGCAGAACGGCGUCACUCAGGAACAGCGUAUCCGAAAGGACGUCGACUUCCCCUGGCCUGUGGCGGAGAUGCCCAUGAUGUUCUGGUCCAACAUUGGCAAUGAGGAAAUUUCCACGAGCGGUACUUCGUACCUGAACCGAACAGAAGCUUCCAACGUUGAGAAGAUUGUGACGCGAUUCUUCAAGGCAGGUGUCAAGCCAUCCGAGAUCGGUGUCAUUACACCGUACGAGGGCCAGCGAAGCUACAUUGUUACGACUAUGCAAAACGCAGGCACCGCCAAGAAGGAGUACUACAAGAGUGUUGAAGUUGCUUCCGUCGACGCCUUCCAAGGCCGUGAAAAGGACUUUAUCGUGCUGUCCUGCGUGCGUUCGAACGAAAACCAGGGCAUCGGUUUCUUGUCGGAUCCUCGCCGCCUCAACGUCGCCCUCACGCGUGCCAAGUACGGUGUGGUUAUUCUCGGCAACCCCAGGGUGCUUUCUAAGCAUGAACUCUGGUACAACUUGCUCACUCACUUCCGUGACCGUCGCUGCUUCGUCGAGGGCCCCCUGACCAACUUUCAGCAGUGCCUUCUUCAGUUUAGCAAGCCCCGAUCGCACCGGCAGAAGCCCGCCAACCAGCUUCCAGUGGGCAGUUACCAGAACCACAAUGGACGCUUCAACGGCGGGCCGGGCACGAUGCGCGACUUUGACUCUGGUUCCAUGAUGUCCUACGUCGCAGACGACGUCUCUUCCAUCCAGGGGUCGACCUUUGGCGGCGCAGCACUCAACACGGCGUUCCCUCCGAUGUUCUCCAACUUUGCCCCCGAGCAUUGGCCUGGUCUGCCUGGCGUCGGCACCCAGGGCGGUCGCGGUGGAAAGAGCCGCACGCGUGCCGCUGAGAGUGUUGCCGGGGAGAGUGUAGCGAACUCGGAAACGACGGAUGCGUCGUCCAGCAUCAUCGGCAGCCGCGGCGUGGGCCAGGGCGGCGUUAGUCUCGGCGCGGGUCUACAGGAUGCCGUCACCGGCAUGCGCGCCAUCUCGUACACGCAAAGCGAUCGACUGCGACAGUACGUCGAGAGCACCGGCUCGCGCAUGCCACCUGGCAACCGUUAUGGUGGGCGUCGUUACGAUGACGAUGAGAAGAGUGUCAGCACGGCGUUCCACAGUCAAGUUGGAGGGGGCUACGACUGA